UCCAGCAAUAUUGCAUAUAUUUAGAUGCCGGUUCAAAGCUAAGCUUGGUGUGGUGGGCGUUUGUGUUUGUUAAUUUCUUGACGUUGCCUAAGCUCAGCUCUACAAUAUUUGGUGUGUUUUAAGUUCUUUGGGUGGAUAUAUAAUAUAUAUGUGUGUGCUAAAAGUGGCGGAAAAAGACCAACGUGCCGCAAGGCAUAGCAAUACUGGGACAGAGCAUAGCAUUGAAGAAUGGCUCUACGAGCCCCUUGUUUUUUCACAACAGCUGCAGCAGCAACAACGACAACGCGGGGGCGGCAGCGGUGGUGGAGGAGGAGGGAGUGAAAUAUUAGCUUCCGCCGGGUCGUCAAUGCUGCUGCGGUUGGAUAGGGAGAGAGAGAUGUCUGCCAUGGUAUCGGCUUUGGCGCAUGUGGUGGCUGGGGAUGAGGAGCUGGCAGCUGCAGAGAGUAGUUUGGUAAUUAAUAGACAGAGUGAAGAUGUUGGUGGUGGUUUGAUUUCAUCAAGCGUAGGUGGUUCGGAUUCUGGGACGAAGAGAGGACGAGAAGAAGAGGAAGGUUGUGGUAGCCAGUCGGUUACCAGGCUUUGUAGAGCUUUUGGUGAAUUUCCACGGCAGAGCUCUUCCCCUGUUUUAGGAGUAUCUGCAGAAGGCUCAAGCACAACACCACCAACACAAACAGCAUUCCCUCCAAGCACAUUUGUAUACAGCGCUACCCAAAUAGCAGAACCAAUAAGAAGAAGAUACAGAGGAGUAAGGCAGAGGCCAUGGGGCAAAUGGGCAGCUGAAAUCAGAGACCCCUUCAAGGCUGCAAGAGUGUGGCUAGGCACAUUUGAAACAGCAGAGGCCGCUGCCCAAGCCUACGACGAAGCCGCCCUCCGGUUCAGGGGCAACAAGGCCAAGCUCAACUUCCCUGAAAACGUCCGGCUCCGAACACCGAUUGCCGAUUCUCCGGCCACCCAACUGACAAUUUCUGCUCCUUCCAAUACCCUUUUGUCCGUUGCUACAUCCACCGAGCCUAUUGUCCACUCUCAAGCAUUCCAAUCCAUGCAGCAUUCUUCUCAUGAGGCUUCAAGAAACCUUCUAAGCUACUGUAAGCCGGUUGAUGUGCAGAGGCAGCAACCUAUGAGCCUUUAUGAUCAGAUGCUUCUGUCAUCCCCUGCAACUCCAUCUGUUUCUUCAUCUUCUUCUUCUCCACUUGCCUCCUCUGUUUCUUCAUCUUCUUCUUCGCCACCACCACCUGCUUUCUCUUCACUUUUUUGGACUCAGUCUUCGCUUCCCCUAAGACCGGCCACAAGUGAUCAGAAUAGUACAGCUGCUGAUUUUCAAUCGAAGCAAUGGUCCAGCUCUAGUCAUUAUAGUGCCCCCUUCUCAAGAUGAUUUCAUUAACAUCCCUUUUUUUUUUUCUUUUUCUAAACUUCUUGACCAUAAUUGUUUUUCACUGAUUAUGAUAUUGUUGCUGCUGAGCCUUGUUAUGAAAUAUAUGCACAAUUUUAUUUUUUUUGUCU